UCCCAAGCUAAACAAGGCAUUCUUACAUAUUUAACAUUCAAAUGCAGAAGCCAAGCUAAGCCAUGGAAGAUUGUAAUCAGGAAAAGCUACACUUCCUGAUCCACACAAAAGCUACAGGUUCUUUGAACAAGAGGCAGAUUGCUAGCAUUUGGGGCUGAAAGCUGGAGGUUAUUUUGGAAUGUGAAAGCUACUUGCUGUUUGGAUCCAUGACAACCAUGUAGACAGUAUUCACUUUAACAAUCUACACCAGCAUGGACCAAGACAUUUGAAACAAAUCUUUCAAGCAGUUGAUGGAGUGCAAUCGGAAAGGUUUCACUGAGGAGGGCAAAAACACAGCAAACUGAUGGGGAAGACACUGGCAGGAUCCGAUCUGAAAGAUACCUCUACUGGAAAAACUCAUCAGGAGGGGGUGCCUCAGGCCCCUGGGAGAUGCAUCAUUCAGGCUCAUCAGCCCAGAUUAAGGAAAAUCCAGAUGGGGUGCAGGUGCUGCAAAAUGAUACAAAGCUAUAUCUUUGAUCCAGAAGAAGCACAAUCAUCUGGAUGCAUUCAUGAAGUAAACAGCUAUAAACACAAUGAACAAGGCAGCAAUAAAUUCAAAUUCAAAGAGAAUAGUGAAAAUGAAGAACCAAAAAACGAACUCCAGAAUGAUGAGGUAAACAAAACAGAAAAUAAAAAUCCAGUAAACAGUACCACAGAAACUCUCUGGAAUCACAGAGGCAAUGAUUCUCAAGAGGAUGGCCUUGUGAAGUGUGCUGCAAAGCUUGAUGUUGCAGUCAAUGGUGGCAACUCCUGUGCUCAGCACUGCAUGCUCAACCCCAACACAAGUCCAGUGAAAGAAAACAGUGAAAAGGGAACCUCCAGCCAGUCAGAGGCUUCUUCAGCCAGCAAUAGAGACUUUUACACCAAAUCAAAUAGGUCUGGACAAGAACUUGACCUAGAGACAGGCAGACAGAGCAAGGUAGCCAGCAAAGUGCCUAACAGUAUUCCAGACUCCCAGUCUGCAGAAGACAGCGUCUUUCUCAAAGGAAACUCGGUACUGGAGACAGAAAACAAUGCCAUAAGACUGCCAGAUAUUGAUUAUCCCCAAAAUGGCAAUCAAACUGGGAACUAUGUUGAAAAAGACAGUUUUUCAGUAAACUGUGCUUAUUCAGACCAAAACACUGGUGCUUCAGCAACACAGGACCAGGACCUUCAUGUAAUCCCACCUUUACCUGUGAAAGAGAGCAGUACUGAACCUUUUAAAACUGACUCUGCAAGUCUGAGUGAGAGCCUUACUGGUGGUAUCACUGCAGUGGCUGUUACCAAAGUCACACAGGCACACACACACACCAACCAUACAGAUGUCAAUGGAGGAACUGAGGAGGAAGAUGCAGAAGUUGCAGCAGCUUUGGCUGCACUGGACGCUGCAACAGCAGGAGAAGACCUGGAAGAUGAUGAUGAGUACUAGAUGGUUUGUUUUUAAUACACUGGGUAAGAUCCAGAUGGUAUUUCUGGAUCAAUAUGAAUAUACAGCACAAAUGGAGAGCUGGUAUGAACAGCAUAUAUAAAAGGAGUUGGGACUAAGCCUCAGCCCUUCAGCUGUUUUAUACAGCCUUUUAAUUUCUACUGCCUGAGGUACAGAAGUUCUUCCUUGACUAAUGGUAAUAUUCUUCUCUAUGGGCCCAAACAGGAGGGCAAAGCAUCAUUUCUUCCACACAGAAUAUUCAGUUGUACACCCACCUCAUCUGGACACAUGCAAGUGUUUCCUUUUUUUCCUCAUGAGGGUCUGUGUACACUGCAUGUUCCAAGUUCACAAAACUCCCAUUAUUUAAAAUAGCACUAUUGAAACCGUGAAGUUAGAAACCACGGAUUUUCAUAAUUUGCAGAAAAAAACGACAUAAGUGAGUCAAAGCUCUAUGAUCUACUGAAACAUGAAAUAGGGAAGGCAGCUUGAACUGAGCUUUACUAUGGCUGUGGUUCCAUUAUGGAUUAAGCCUAAAUCUGUGCCCAUGCACCUGGCAUUAGAAUGAUAACAUAAUUUCUCCCCACACACCUCUCCCUUGACUAUGUUUGAUAUUCCAAGUGUUGCUGCUUCAGUCCCUUAAAACAGCAGAAACCCUGCCAAAUCCAAGAGAUUGGAAAACUUUCUGUUGGCUUAAUGUACUAAAGUAGCUCAUGGAAUAACUGCACACACACUACCAGAGAGGCCAGAGAGAGCUCAGAACUCAGUUCCUACCAGUUUGGAUAGAUUAAAACUGUUGCAAAACUACAGCCUGAAAUCUCUGAACUCCACUAAAUUUUCCAGGUGCACAUCAUCUGUCUUAACAAUACAGUUCUCAUGCAGGUUGUGUCUGCAAGAUGUGUUUUGUUUAUACAAAAACAGCAAGAGUCAAUGUGGACCCACUCCUAGCUCUGCUGUAGUCCCUAAAUUUACAUCAGGAAAGGGAUCAAGCUUCCAAAGUGGAUUAAGCAUAAGAUCUGAAAAUUGUUGCAUUCUUGGAAGGGCUGCAUUUCUAAUAGCAGAAAAAAAAGGAGAUAGCAAUUUGGUGCUGCCAAUUCAGUAAAAGUAUGGUUGAAAUAGAAAGUGCUUCACAUUUUACACUGAAAUUUUGUGGUUCCCAAGUUUUUGUUAUAAACUCCUAAUAAAUUUUUAACCAUAUAAAAAAUGAUCUGGUGGUUUUUGAACUUUAUGCAUUUUAUGAAUAUAAAAGUUACAUUAAAGGAGUUCAAUAAGAUAUAGCCCUCAUUAAUACAUGAAAAGCACCAACAAUGUAUUUACCUACAGUAUAUGCUGAUUUCGAUUUCUCAGAACAUUAAUGAUACUCCUAGGAGCAAUUAAAACAACCUAAAGUCUCAGCUUCUAGAGAACUAUAUUCAACUACAGGCAAGAGUUACAACAUUGUAUCUGUAAAAUAAAAAAGCUUUAUAUGGUUUUAAAGUA